AUGGAGAGUUGCGUACAAACAUCGAUCUACGCAGCUGACAACGGUGGACAAGUUGUCCUAGUUGGAAUGGGGACUGCCAUUCAAUCGUGGCCAGUCGCAGAGAUCACGGGGCGUGAGAUCAAUAUUGUUUCUGUUUGGCGGUACAUCAAUUGUUACCCUCGCGCAAUUGAGAUCUUGGAGGCCGUGAAGAAUAAGACUCUCAAGUUGGAUUCGGCAAAGCUUAUCACACAUCGCUUUUCUGGGCUUGAGUCGAUACCACAGGCUUACGAGACCGCUUGUAGAACAAGGGAUGCGGAUUCAAACUUGAUCAUUAAGACGGUUGUCAACCUUUGA